CCCAUCAUUUUGUCUCGCCAUUUCAUAGGACUUUUUCAUAGAUUUGUAUGAUCCUAGGGUACAUCGCAGCUCAGACACAGCUUCAUCCUCAGUUUUACAGGAAAGAUGCUCAAUUAUUGCCCACGUGCGUAUGAAUUUACUAGGGAAAACAAACGGAUUCUAUUGUGUUGAGAAACCUAGGGAAUUAUAUUUUGUUGAGGUAGCCAUUAUUCCUGCUUUAUGGUGCUUAAAGCAUCUUGCUUUCUACCACCCAUAACUAAAUGUGCUGAAAACAAGGUCCUGAGUUCCAGUUCAGGUGUCUGACCUUAUCUCACUCUUGUUUUCCCGUCGUUUGUUCUUCAUGUUUUGGGUGGAACCAGAAACUCCUCUGCAAUUUCUAAUUGACAUAUUAAAUAUAUACGUGGCAGAAAACAUAUGGCAUCAAUUGGAAUUUUUUUUAAAAUAGUGUAAUGGAUGAUCGUUUUAGAUGGUAUGAAAUAGGUUGUUUGGUGGGGUUUUCUACUAUUUGUAGAAAGGUAGGCCAGAGAAGCUCUAGUGGAUGGGACCCUGUCCAUUGUGUUAAUGAAUUCAGUUCGUUGUCUUCUCAAACAGCCAUGAUUAGGAGCAGCCAUGUUUUCAGGUUGGGAGUAAAAAUAAUAGCUACCUGUUUUCGAAUGCCUAAAAUUUCCUAAUCACUGUGCUAAGCACUUUAGAAGCUGGACAUAAUCCUCACAGCCUUGUUAGAGUAGUAGGUACUUUCUACAUUUUGUGGAUGAGGAAAAGGGGACGUGGAAAGGUAAUUUGCUCAGGAUCACACAGCUGGCAAAUUUCCAAAGGCCCAUUCCAUCCCAGAAAAGCAAUCAGUGGUUCUGACCCUCAGAGUUGACCCAUAUUAGUAGAAAUGAAGAAACUUGGUUUUAGGCUUUGCUUAGUGCUAGUGUGAAUUGCUUGAAUUGGGAGGGCCAGGUACUUGGUCUCUCUGAGCCUCAGUUUCCUUGUUUUUGAAUAUAGGGAAGGUAAAUUAGAUGGUCUUUGUGUUGUCUAGCAAAAAAAUGCCUGUGUAACAGUUCUCAGAACAGCACGGACAUGUUUAUUCUUAGCCUGAAAAUAUCUGCGUGGCUGCAAAUAACCUGGUUGUAGUUGCUAUGAACAGAUGUUGGAUGAGAGCUGGAAAGAGCCAAUGGACUAUUCAUUUUUUCUUUCCAGUCUAUACUAAAACUGAGAACAACAUCCAUUUUGGAAUAGUUGUGAUACCAUACUUGAGUUUUAUAUUCUUGCUUUUUUUUUUUUUUUUUUUUUGUUACCUAGGAACUUGAGGUGUUUUUAACAAUUUUUUUAAUCAACAGUUUUUUUUUUCAGGUCUCGGUUCAAAUUUUAAUUGAUGAGUGUUUCUUCCUAUUAUGAAGUGCUGCUAAUGCUUUUCAUAAAUAUUUCACCUUCUGUACAGUUCAGAACUGGAAUAUAUCUAUUCUGUUAGAGUCUGUUAUGGUAGAGGUAGGAAGUUACAGUGAGUGACCCAGAAAAUUGCAUCAGGAGACAUAGCUUAUAUUUGGAAAAAGACUUAUUUUAUACUUAUCUCAGCCAGUGCAAUGUUAUUUUUCAGUGUUUGGGAAGAACUUGUUUGAAGUUAGUCUUAAAACUUAAAUUUUUCAUAUUGUUUAUUGGUGAAAUUCCAGGUUUUAUCAAGCACAUUGCUUAAAUUGCUUAAAUUUUUAAUUUUUAUGAUGUGUAAUUUUGUUUUUAGGUACAUCAAAAGUGUAAAAAUUGAAUAAGAGUCAUUUCCCAAAGAAAUAAUUCCUACCAUUCCAAUCAUUACUUAAUUGGAUUUAUUUUUUAGUGUGCUUGGUGGAAUAUUUCUUUUGUGAAAUAGUUUGCUGAAAGUAGCCUUUAAAAUAUUUGAUUUAUUAAAUGUACUACCUUGAGUAAAUCAUAGAAAAAGCGGUGUUUCAUAGAUUCAGUUGUAUUAACAAAAGCAGAAGCAAUAAUGCAUGCAUCAGAAAUUGGCUAUUAGAUGUACUUUUUAGCAGAUUUAGUCCUAAUUAAAAUGCCAUAAAGGGACAAUUGCUUCAUCAAGUAUAAUCACGUGAAGACAAUAUUCUAUAAUCCCUUUGACCUUGAUUAACUUGUAUUCUCAUAUUUUGUAAUACAAGAUGGAAACUCUUCCUUAAGAUCAUAUUUUCAGGAGAUUAUGGGAAAAAAAUAAACUUUGUAUUUUCUUAGUUAAGCCCAUCUCCUUCUGGUUAGAAAAUACAGUAAAUAUCUCUUGAACACCCAAAGACAGAAGAGUAAGAUAAAGUGAAUACUGGAAAAAAUAGAAGAAAAUGGAAUAAAGAAGGAGAAAUCAAUGGAGUCUCAAGGGAGAGGAUAAAAAUAGAUGUAUGUGGUUUGCCUGAAUCCAUCUUUGCAGCUGCCUGUUCAAGAAGUGGCCAGAGGGUUCUGCACGUUGAUUCGAGUCAUAUAUAUUCAUGUUACCUGCUCAGUACCCAUGUCAAACUGUUCACAUAAUCAGUGGAGAAAACUUUAAGGAAGCCAAAGAUGUUUUUAAACUCCUUAUGUGAUGAAAAAUUUACUUUGGGAUCUGAGGGGCCCACUUUUAGCUUACCACUUCUACUUAUAAGAAGCUACUAUGGAGGAAACUGGGCCAGUUUUAGCUUUUCAGGUCUGUUGUCCUGGCUAGAGGAAUAUCAGGAAAACAGUGACAUUGUAAAUGACAGUCCAGUGUGGCAAGACCAUAUCCUUGAAAAUGAAGAAGCCAUUGCUCUUAGCAGGAAGGACAAAACUAUUCAACAUGUGGAAGUAUUUUGUUAUGCCAGUCAGGAUUUGCAUGAAGAUGUCGAAGAAGCUGGUGCACUGCAGAAAAAUCAUGCUCUUGUGACAUCUACAAACUCCACAGAAGCUGCAGAUUCUGCCUGCCUGCCUACGGAAGAUGAGUCAUUAAGCACUGUGAGCUGUGAAAUCCUCAUAGAACAAACUCCAAGCAAUGAUCCAGAGACUGCGCUAGAAGUAAAUGGUGCUGAAGUGACAGGGGAAAAAGAAAACCAUUGUGAUGAUAAAACUUGUGUGCCAUCAACUUCAACAGAGGAAAUGAGUGAAAAUGUGCCUAUAGCAGAAGAUACCACAGAGCAGCCAAAGAAAAAUAAAAUUACUUACUCGCAAAUUAUUAAAGAAGGCAGGAGAUUUAAUAUUGAUUUAGUAUCAAAGCUGCUGUAUUCUCGAGGAUUACUAAUUGAUCUUCUAAUCAAAUCUAAUGUUAGUCGAUAUGCAGAGUUUAAAAAUAUUACCAGGAUUCUUGCAUUUCGAGAUGGAAGAGUGGAACAGGUACCUUGUUCCAGAGCCGAUGUCUUUAAUAGCAAACAACUUUCUAUGGUAGAAAAGCGAAUGCUAAUGAAAUUUCUUACAUUUUGUAUGGAAUAUGAGAAAUAUCCUGAUGAAUAUAAAGGCUAUGAAGAGAUUACAUUUUAUGAAUAUUUAAAAACUCAAAAAUUAACCCCCAACCUUCAAUAUAUUGUCCUGCAUUCAAUUGCAAUGACAUCACAGACAGCCAGCAGUACCAUAGAUGGUCUCAAAGCUACCAAAAACUUUCUUCACUGUCUUGGGCGGUAUGGCAACACUCCAUUUUUGUUUCCUUUAUAUGGACAAGGAGAACUCCCCCAGUGUUUCUGCAGGAUGUGUGCUGUGUUUGGUGGAACUUAUUGUCUUCGCCAUUCAGUGCAGUGCCUUGUAGUGGACAAAGAAUCCAGAAAAUGUAAAGCAAUUAUAGAUCAGUUUGGUCAGAGAAUAAUCUCUAAGCAUUUCCUCGUGGAGGACAGUUACUUUUCUGAGAACACAUGCUCACGUGUGCAAUACAGGCAGAUCUCCAGGGCAGUGCUGAUCACAGAUAGAUCUGUCCUAAAAACAGAUUCAGAUCAACAGAUUUCCAUUUUGACAGUGCCAGCAGAAGAACCAGGAACUUUUGCUGUUCGGGUCAUUGAGUUAUGUUCUUCAACGAUGACAUGCAUGAAAGGCACCUAUUUAGUUCAUUUGACUUGUACGUCUUCUAAAACAGCAAGAGAAGAUUUAGAACCAGUUGUGCAGAAAUUGUUUAUUCCAUAUACUGAAGUGGAGAUAGAAAAUGAACAAGUUGAAAAGCCAAGAAUUCUGUGGGCUCUUUACUUCAAUAUGAGAGAUUCAUCGGACAUCAGCAGGAGCUGUUAUAAUGAUUUACCACCCAACGUUUAUGUCUGUUCUGGCCCAGAUUGUGGUUUAGGAAAUGAUAAUGCAGUUAAACAGGCUGAAACACUUUUCCAGGAAAUCUGCCCCAAUGAAGAUUUCUGUCCCCCUCCACCAAAUCCUGAAGACAUUGUCCUUGAUGGAGACAGUUUACAGCCAGAGGCUUCAGAAUCCAGUGCCAUACCAGAGGCUAACUCAGAGACUCUCAAGGAAAGCACAAACCUUGGAAACCUAGAGGAGCCCUCUGAAUAAUGGAUACACGCUAAACUGAAUACCCCACUUGGGAAAUUUCUACUGGUCUCAGAGCCUGCUUGAUAGAAGGACUGUUUGAAAAAUGUUAGAAAGCAGCAGCAAUUAUAAGGCAAAAUAGG